AAUACGUAGUACAUAAAAACCAUAACAUACUCUUACUUUAAGCAUUCUAGAAGACAUCAACCAAGGGAAAAUAAAGUAUUUCUUUCAUAUAAAGAAAAUUAAAGGCACAUUAACAUUUAGCCGCAGCCGUUAUUAAUGAAUCAACAGGAAGAUGUGGUUAUAUUCUUAUUUAAGUAACAUGUUAGUGAUAUGUCUGUACGCAACACAAUUGUCAAGCGGCUAUUUUACAGCUUACGAAGCACAAGAGGAUGAUAAGAAUUGUUUCUGCGAGCUACGGGGCUCAAUAAACGAUUGCAGUUGCGAUGUGGACACUGUAGAUCAUUUUAACAAUAUCAAAAUUUUUCCCCGGCUUAAAAGUCUGCUAGUGAAAAAUUAUUUUCGCUUCUAUAAGGUAAACUUAAAUCGUAAAUGCCCGUUUUGGCCUCAGGACAGCAAAUGUGCAAUACGUUUCUGCCAAGUGGAAAACUGUGAAGAACAAAAUAUACCUAAAGGAUUGAUAGAGCCAACCAAACAUCAUUCAAACGGUGAACCGCCGGGAGCUGCUUAUAAGUAUACAAAAGAAGCUCAGGAGCCUGCUUGCUCGGAUGCUGAUGAUUUUAAUAGCAUUUUGGGUUUCUUGGAUACCAGCAUUAGCGAUCAGGCUCAUAAAGAGUUUGAAUUAUGGGCUAAGCAUGAUGAGGCCGAAGAGGAUUUUUGCAUUAUGGAUGAUAAUCAAGAAGAUGCUCAAUAUGUUGAUCUUCUUAUUAACCCAGAACGUUAUACCGGCUAUAAAGGAGAUUCCGCCCAUCGCGUAUGGAAGAGUAUAUACUUAGAGAAUUGUUUCGAUACACAAAAUCAAAACAACUCUUUACCAGACUAUGUUGCACAUUUGGAUUUACGUAAUUUGUGUUUAGAGCAACGGGCUUUCUAUCGAAUUAUUUCUGGUUUACACUCUAGUAUUAAUAUACAUUUAUGCGCUAAAUACUUGCUCUCAGAAUCCAAGGAUUUCUUAGACCCUCAAGGUAUAUGGGGACCAAAUAUAGAUGAGUUUAAAAGACGAUUUAGUCCGGAAACCACUAACGAUGAAGGCCCUCAUUGGCUAAGAAACUUAUAUUUCAUUUAUUUAGUGGAAUUAAGAGCAUUAGCGAAAGCUGCUCCAUACUUUAAAAAGGAAGAAUAUUAUACCGGUAUCGUUGAAGAAGACGAAGAAACAAAAAUGGCAAUUAAGGACUUGCUAUCCGUUAUAGAGUCGUUUCCUUCACAUUUCGAUGAGCACGCUUUGUUUUCAAGCAGCAGGGAGGGCAUCAAAUUUAAACGUGAAUUCAAAGAGAAAUUUCGCAAUAUCUCGGAAAUAAUGGAUUGCGUUGGUUGUGAUAAAUGCAAAGUGUGGGGUAAAUUACAGACUCAAGGUUUAGGUACGGCUUUAAAAAUUUUAUAUUCGGAAAAACUAAAUCAAGCCACAGUAAGCGGCUUAUGGCAGAAACCGAAUGUAGAAGGCGAUCAUAUAUUUCGUUUAACACGUCCCGAAAUUGUGGCUCUAUUUAACGCUUUUGGAAGACUUUCCAAUAGCAUAUUUGAAAUGGAAAAUUUUCGAAAAUAUCUCAGAUAGCAAACCACAAAUUGAAUGCAUAUUACUUAAGAAAGAGGCAAACUUUACUUAACGAAUUUUUUAGUAAUUAUAAAAAAGUGUGCAGCUCCGAAAUUUGCUAUCGUUCUUAACAACACAUAUAUAUCAUUAAUUUUUGAUUUUUACUUAUAUUCAUUGAUUUGCAAUCAAUUUUCAAAGUAACAAAUUCCCAUUCAUACUACGAUAAUGAAUAAUUAGUAAUUUUUUUUUUUAUUAAUUGAUAUAUGUUAAGUUAGCAUUUAAGUGUAUUUAUUUAUAGGAAACUAGCACGAGCAAAUGCAUGACAAUGAAAAUUUUGAAAUAAAUGUAAAUAUGGAAAAGUGAUCAAAAAAUCAAGUAUGUAAAAACAAAAGUCUUGGUAACCGUAUUUAAAAAAUGUUAUACCAUUUGAAUGCAAAUCGCUUUCAGUUUAUAUUUUGAAGAACUGUGCUCGCUUUAUUCCUUUGUUAAAGUUAAGAUACUAAGAUAUAAGUACUGCGCAUCACAAAGACUUACGUUACUUUCUUAUUAUUGUUGUUGUAAAUACUAACCUACUCGUAUAAAAAAGUACUACUAUGUUCCAGAAGCAGUCAACUUGUCCACUGUAAAAUCCCGAAUUGAUUAACCCAUAUCCACGUAAUGUAUGCCGUCUAUUGUAUGAACACUUACGAUUAAUAGACGCAAGAGCGAUAGAAAACUGAAAUUUCAAAAUCCAUUUCUAAUGCAUAUUUUACUAUUCAUAAGAGAUAUUGAACUGAAAGCAGGCCACUUGCAAGCUCGAUGCAAAAAUUGUUCCGAUAAGCCAACCAGCAACUGAAUAUUUUGGAAAUUGUAUACCCACUUAUGGGGCCCACGUGUGCAAAGGUUUUCUUUUAUCUAUCCACUUGAAACGUCUAAAAAUUAGAAGUCGACUGUGAAAAUAAAAACCUUAAGCAAUUACAAUUAAUUUAUUGUUUUAUAUAUA